AUGGGCAGCGGGCGGCCGUACGAGCGAAUGCACGUGGAUAGGUAUUAUCACACGCGGAUGCGGCACGACGGCGUCGACGGCGCGGGCGGCGGCGGGAAGACGAAUCGUCAUCGAUCAACGCGCGGCGGGGGCGGCGGGCACGCGGCGGCGGCUUGGAAGCGCAACUACCUCCCCGCGAACACGUUGAAGCACGACGUGUACGGAAUAGGCGGUCUGCCUCCUCUGAAUUCGGCGUGCGGCGAUCUGAAAACGCCGUGGCCGGGAUCGCGCCGGGGGACGCUUUACAAUCACUGGUGCGCGGAGCUCGGCAAGACGGACGCGGCGCGCGCCGAGGCGAUCAGGCGCGACUUUCUCUCCCGGCACAUCUCUCCGCCUACGCCACGGUUUCAAUCCCGACACACCGCGACGUUGCCUUUCAACUCCGCCGCUUCUGACGCCUUUGAACUCCACCCCGAUAUCAUCGCUUCGUACGGACCCUCGACCGUCAGACCGGGGCAAACGGGCGCGGACUUGCCGGAGAACUUGAUCCCUAAGAAGACGGACAAGCGCGAGAAAGCGGAGUGGUACAAGCUCCGGUUCGGGCGGCUCAAGCUCGACGGCGUCGCCGCGACGAUCACCGCGCAGGGCCCGGAGCCGUCGCACGGCUCGUGGUUCCAUCCCGAUUACGUCGGCAGAAGACGAAGGCGCGUUCUAUCUCACACUGGUCCCCAUACGACCGCGUUGGCGUGCAUCUUGUCCGUGCGCGAGUGCGCGCGGCUGCAGACGUUCCCGGAUCACUUCGAGUUCGUCUCCGGCCACGGCGCGAGCGACGCGGGGGUGAAGCAGUCGCUGCGGGGGCUCGGGAACGCGCGCGCGACGAGGGUGGGGGAGGAGUACAGGAUGGUAGGGAACGCGGUGCCGCCGUUGUUGGCGACACGCGUCGGCGACGCGUUUUUACGCGCCAACUUCUCGCCAGUGUCAGACGACGAAUCCGCGUAG